AUAUCUUGCACCUUGUGUACCAAGUAACUGGACGAGAAGUCGGCUAAUCGGACAAGGCGCCACUGGGAGUGUUUACAUAGUAAACAGCGAUGAUAUGGACACUGGCAUGAAUUUUGCUGUCAAAGAAAUAAUUUAUAAGGAAUCAAAUAUCUCAAGGUAUUAUUCUGAAGUGAAUAUUUUGAUGAAGCUACAACACACAAGUAUUAUAAAUUUUUACGGAUUUGAGAUCAAAGAAAGAAGAAUUUACUUAUUUUUUGACUACUUGCCACAGGGGUGUUUAGCAGGAUAUGUUACAAAAAACAACCCGCUUGAUGAAUCAAAAAUAUUCAAUUUUACCAAGCAAAUUCUCCAAGGGGUUUCGUAUCUUCACAACUUUGAUCCACAAAUUAUACACAGAGAUAUUAAAGGAGCUAAUAUAUUGCUAAAAGAUGAAAACAAUGUAAAGCUGGCUGAUUUUGGUCUGUCCAAACUUUUGGAGGCAACUUCACCAAGAUCGGUUGUUGGGACCUCUAACUUCAUGGCACCGGAAGUUGUUUGUGGAAAUGAAAAAACUGUUUACACUCUAAUGGCUGAUAUUUGGAGUGUUGGGUGUACAGUUGUUGAAAUGGCUACAGGGAAACCACCUUUUACAGGAUAUUUGGAUGCACAAAUUGCGUACAGAUAUAAAUGUAGAAAAAGGCCAGUAUAUCAACUUCCAGAAAGUUCAUCUAAAUCUAUAAAACUUUUAUUGGAAAAAUUGUUGCACAUGAAUCCUAAAAAACGACCAACUGCAGAAGAGGCACUUGAACGAUUUUUUAAAAGUUGACUUUGGUGUAAUUGUUAUGUUUUUGCUAUCUAUU